AUGAUUCAAACAAGCAUACCCAGAAGAAUCCAGACCUCAUGGGUUUCAGGGUGUCCGAUGCUUGGACCUUUACUCAACUCAGGCCAGGCAGUUGUUAUAAUUAUAAAAUGCACUGUCUUUCCCCCCAUGGCCAUGCUUGAAGAAAACUUGGUACUACAUGUGCAGGCACUGCAGGCUCGUUCCUCAUUGAACGAUAUUACCAACAAGGCCGUGGGGGUUGGAUUUACGACCGUUGAUCGAUCGUUCAACCCCAAGGAGGGCUCACCUCGUGUUAGCAAAUGGGCUGCUGAAGGUGUUCAUUCUUUCGAUGUCGCUGAGCGCCAGAGGUUGGAUGCAGGAGUUGAAAAUUCUCCACACCAAGACCGUUUCGAUAUCGGGUUUCCGAAUCGAAUCGUUGCCGUCGGUGGAAAGAUUUGCUUGGAAGUUCUGGAGAGUGAGCUCGACGCGCAGAGGGAGAUCGAGGCGAAACAAUCUUGCAAACCAACGGUGUUUAUCCGCAGAAAAGAUAUAAUUCUUUUUCGCCGCCACUCUCUUCAAGUAUUUUUGUGCAUGGAUUCUCUGUAUAACGCGAUCUUGGGCUCCAAAACGCUACCACUGGAAUCUACCGAACUUGCCCGCGUCAGUUAUGAUCCUGAACUGUAUGAUCGCCAUGCUGUCCUCGUCUUGGUUGAGGAACUAUUUCCGCCUGAGUGUAAAGGCAUUGCCGCAAACAGGGUCUAUUUUCGCGAGCUCGGUGUAUUCGCUUUGUCACACGGGCGUCGUCUGCCAAAGUGUGCUGGACGGACAGCUUUCGUUUUCAAAAUCUACCCACUUCCAGACACACGCCCACAAGGAGAGCUUGUUACCCUCGCCACCACGAUCUUUCCUUUUGAAGGAAAGCCGACCAUGACUGACGAUCACUCCAUUCUCCUUCGCGAGCCGGAUUCCGCGGAGUACGAGCUCGUUGGUAGUAAGCUGCGUUUGCGUUUCCCGGAUGUCCCGCAGGAUUUCUAA